AUUGCCAGAAGGGCCGUAAGCUCCCCCUUCAUCGCCACUUCUUUCUCUCAGUGCACCUGGCUGCAUAUAAAAGACAUCAGAACGACCUCGGCAGAUGGUCAAGGUCCUUUAGUCUUCCUAAAGCUCAAAAUUCCAUACACCCCAUCCCCUCUUUCCUCCUGCUUUUGGCCACUCUCCUCUCGUUGUUUUUGCCAACUCCGUUGAUCGGCGUUAUCUAAAGUUCCAACACCAACGCUUCAUAUUCUCAUAUUUUUAGUUACACAACCCACCAUGGUUAGCAUUACCUCGACCCUCAUUCUUGCUUCUGCCCUCCUGGGGUCCCUGACCGGUGCCGCACCCAUUGCAGCUGUUGACAGCUUGGCGGGGCGUCACUACGAAGAGUACAAGUCGAACGGCCCCUCUGGUCCGAGCAAGCACGGAAACACCUCUGCUCCCUCAUACGCUGACACUGGCUACAACAGUGGUCCAUCGACAUCCUUCUCGAGCAGUAACUGGCACGAGGAGAUGCUUCGGCAAGUCAACGCUGUGCGUGCCGAGAACGGUCGGUCGCCACUCAAGAUUGACGAGCGCCUCAAUGACAUGGCGCAGAGACACUCGAACUACCAGAGCUCGGUUCGCCAGAUGACGCACGACGAUUCGGCUGGGUCUCUGGGAGAUCGCUGCUCACAGUCCGGUAUCGACUGGAGCGGAGUUGCCGAGAAUGUCGCCCAGGACUACCCGGAUGUCACAGCUGUCAUGGAUGGGAUGGGUUAAGAGCCCUGGCCACUUCAAGAACCUCAUUGGCGACUAUAAUAUUGUUGGGUUUGGCCAUGACAAUGGCUACUCAACUCAGGAGUUUGCUCUCGCCUAGGAAAUGCCGGUUCAUUUCUUAUACUCCUGCUUCAGCAUCCGUUUCCACAUUGCCCGCUAUCAAAUAAAGGAACACAGCCUAUAAAGACA